GCUUUUUAGGCAAAAAGGGGAAAAAAAGUGAAAUAGUCACGUGCAUUUUCUGCUCCAAAGUUCAGCAGUCUCUUUUAAGCACCACUUUGAAAACCUGUAAGUCACGGGUCUCUGUCGCCGAACUUUUUAGCGUCGAAAUUUACGAGCGGCACCUGAAGGCAGCAACAGGCCCCGCUGCUGCCAACGGGAGAAUCACUCUCGUCUCUUUUAUCUGCGCGUGGUGAAUGAUGCAGCGCGCUGAUUGGCUGCUGCGCGCUGACUUGUGCUCCAUCCCGCGGGCCGACUCUCUCUCGCAGAGCCGGGGCUGGGUGCUCUCAGUCUGCGGCUCCUCCCGGUGAUUCCCGACACUAUACCUGCUGCUCCUCCUCGCACACACUCGCACACACUCACACACACACGCGCGCACACACACACACUCAUGAGUGUGCUCCGCGUCUGCGCGUACCACCGGCUGCUGCAACCUGCAGACUUCACCUGAACAAUGCGCGCAUGCUGCAUUAUGCGCUACCGCAGGUUACUGCCACUUGUGCGCUCUUUUAGGAGGUAACGCGGGGAGGGGGAGGUGUACGCGUGCACGCCAUCACCAUGGAUUGCCUUUUUCUUCUGAUGUGGACUUUACCCAUCCCGCUGGUCGGCUGCACCUCAGCCAAGCUCCUCUCCACCCUCCUGUCCUGGAAUAUCAUCAAGACGCUGCACAUUUACUGCUCCCACACCUCCCACGCCGUUUCGGCCGGCUACUCUCCCGGCGACAGCCACGGGUUAAAUCAUGACUACGUGUUCGUAACCCCGGUGGAGGUGGACUCUGAGGGGGGAUACCUUACCCACGAUGUGACCAGGAGAAGCCACCGCAGCAAGAGGUCCCUCUCCUCCUCUCUGCACUACCAGCUGUCUGCCUUUGGGCAGAACAUGCACCUGGUCCUGUAUCCGUCCUCCGUGGUCGGCCCGGGUUUCACGGUGCAGACGCUCGGCUCGGGCGGCAUCACCACGGUGACGGGGGACGCAGGGGUUCACAACUGCCUGUAUCAGGGACUUAUACGUAACUCGUCAGCCUCCUCGGCAGCCAUAUCGACGUGCUCUGGACUGUCAGGUUUGAUCCGUGUGUCUCGGGAGGAAUACUUGAUCGCACCACUACCGCAACAUCUGGCCAAACGGCAUAACUACAGCGCCCCCAGUGGUCACCACCCACAUGUCGUCUACAAGCGCUCGGCAGAACACGUUGUCCACAGAGGACCGAGCGGCCCGUCAAGCACCAGCUCUUCCACACCUGACAAUCCAUACCUUCAUCAUCAUCACCAUGACAGCCAGCAAGGGAAACUGCAGAGGCAACACUUCUGCGGACGCCGCAAGCAAUAUACUCCCAGGCCUCCCGCCGAGGACCGCUUCGUCAUGCCCGAUGAGUUUGCGAUGCCCGAGGUGGAAGGGCCAGGGAGGGCAAAGAGGUCGCCCAUCAACUCCAACAGGGUGGGUGGUCUGAACGUGGAGACCCUGGUGGUGGCAGACAGGAAGAUGCUGGAGAAACAUGGCCGGGACAACGUCACCACCUACGUCCUCACCGUCAUGAACAUGGUUUCCAGUCUUUUCAAAGACGGCACCAUAGGGUCAGACAUCAACAUUGUGGUAGUAAGCUUGUUACUUCUGGAACAAGACCCUCUGGGCUUGACCGUGAACCACCAUGCUGACCAGUCCCUCAACAGUUUCUGUCAGUGGCAGUCAGGACUCGUAGGGAAAGGCGGUAAGCGGCACGAUCACGCUAUUCUCCUCACUGGACUGGACAUCUGUUCCUGGAAGAACGAGCCCUGCGACACCCUGGGUUUUGCCCCCAUCAGCGGCAUGUGCAGUAAGUACAGGAGUUGUACCAUCAAUGAGGACACGGGACUGGGCUUGGCUUUCACCAUCGCUCACGAGUCUGGACACAACUUUGGGAUGAUCCACGACGGGGAGGGCAACCCUUGUCGCAAGACAGAAGGUAACAUCAUGUCUCCCACUCUGGCUGGAAACAACGGGGUCUUCUCCUGGUCCACCUGCAGCCGACAGUACCUCAGCCGCUUCCUUGGAACAGCCCAGGCAUCCUGUCUGGUGGACGAGCCCAAGCAGAUUGGCCAGUACAAGUACCCCGAGCAGCUCCCCGGGCAGUUGUACGACGCCGACACGCAGUGCAAGUGGCAGUUUGGCUCAAAGGCCAAACUAUGCGGCCUUGAUUUUGUCAAGGACAUCUGCAAGUCGCUGUGGUGUCAUCGCACGGGACACCGCUGUGAGACCAAGUUCAUGCCUGCAGCCGAAGGAACCAGCUGUGGUCCGGACAUGUGGUGUCGGCGGGGUCAGUGUGUUAAAUACGGGGAGCAUGGUCCCCGGGCGGUCAAUGGCCAGUGGUCAGCCUGGUCCCAGUGGUCCGACUGCUCCAGAACCUGUGGGGGAGGGGUCAUGUACAAGGAGCGCUCCUGCACUAGCCCGAGGCCACAGAACAAUGGCAAAUUUUGCCCGGGCUCCAGUCGGCUCAACCAGCUGUGUAACACUCGGCCCUGCCCUCCCAACGCCGUGGACUUCAGGGCCCAACAGUGUGCGGAGUACAACAGCAAGCCCUUCAGGGGCUGGUACUACAAGUGGAAGCCCUACACCAAGGUGGACGAGGAAGACAUCUGUAAGUUGUACUGCAUCGCAGAGGACUUUGACUUCUUCUUCGCCAUGUCCAGCAAGGUCAAAGAUGGCACCUCCUGCUCUGAUCACAAGGGGGAUGUCUGCAUCGAUGGAGUGUGCGAGGCAGUGGGCUGUGACCAGACCCUGGGCUCCAAGGCCUCACCGGACGCCUGCGGGAUCUGCAAGGGAGACAACUCCACUUGCAAGUUCUUCAAGGGCCAAUACACCCUGCAACACAGGGCCAACGAGUAUUACUCUAUGGUAACAGUCCCGGUUGGGGCCCGAAGCAUUCGCGUUCAGGAAAUGGAGGUCUCCACCAGCUACUUGGCCGUGCGCUCCCUCAAAAGGAAGUACUACCUGACCGGGGACUGGACUGUGGACUGGCCAGGAAAGUUCCACUUUGGUGGAACUGUGUUCGACUACCAGCGCUCUUUCAACAAGCCGGAGAGCCUGUACGCUGCCGGACCUACUAAUGAGACGCUAGUGUUUGAAAUCCUCCUGCAGGGAAAGAACCCGGGCGUGGUGUGGGAGUACACUCUGCCUCGCACCGAGAGGAAACCUGACUACAGCUGGGGCGUGGUGCGCUCUGACUGCUCUGCUCCGUGUGCCGGAGGUCGUAUCUCGACCAAGGCGAUCUGUCUGCAGGACCAGAAAGUCCAGGUCAACUCUACCAUGUGUAAUCCGCUCUCCAGGCCGACACUGGGCUCCCAUCUCUGCAACACACAGCCCUGCCCUGCAUACUGGGCGCCAGGCGACUGGGGGCCCUGCAGUCGCUCGUGCGGAGGCGGCCAGCAGACGAGGACGCUGCGCUGCCUGAGGAAGGUCACCUACCAGCGGGAGGAGGUGGUGGCGCACUCCCUCUGCCCCGUCAUCUCUCCGGCCCAAGUCCAGCCCUGCCACACCCAGGCGUGUCCGCCCGAGUGGAGCACCGGAUCUUGGUCACAGUGCUCCAAGACCUGCGGCCGUGGACUGAGGAAGCGCAGUGUGUUCUGCCGCAGCACUGACCCUGGGGCCAGAGCGGUGGUGGUGCCUGACAGCAUGUGCAGGCAGCACCACAGACCCAAGGUCCAAGAGACCUGCGUCCUGCGGCGUUGCCCCAAAAACGAACGGCUGCAGUGGAUCCCCACUCCCUGGGGAGAGUGCUCCAGGUCUUGUGGCUCAGGCAUCCAGAAGAGAGAGCUUCGCUGUGGGGAGAGAGACUCGCAGGGGGGGUAUUUGGAGUUCCCCGUGAGGAGGUGCAGGAAUAUGGCCAAAAUGUUGGUGGAUCUCCAGCAGGGCUGCAACCGAGGUCCAUGCCCAGAGGUCCCGCGGGUCGUCCCCGGAAGAACGUCCUCCAAUGCCGUGGUCUUAGGCUGGUACUCUUCUCCCUGGCAGCAGUGCUCCGUGUCCUGUGGCGGCGGGGUGCAGACUCGGUCCAUACAGUGUCUCCGGCAAGGUCGCCCCGCAGCUGGCUGCCUGCCCCACCAGAGGCCCGUCACUUCCAGGGCGUGCAACACACACUUUUGCGCCGCCGCUCCCCCUGCUCCAGCACAGCGCCCUGGCUGGAUCGCGGCUGCCGGGCCGACACGGAAAGAUGAACACUGUGUGGACCAUUUCAGCUGGUGUCACCUGGUCCCGCAGCACGGCGUUUGUAACCACAGGUUCUACGGACAACAGUGCUGCAAGUCCUGCUCCGGCAAGAGGCCGUAGAGCUCCGAUACGGUCGAGCCCCUGGAAGGGAAACAAAUCGGGGACACUGUGCCCAACAAUGUGUGUUUUCUUCCCGGAGUACUCGACAGAUGAUUUUUGGGAAACAAAGUGAACGUGGGAAACUGUGGACUUCUCAAAGAAGGCGAUGUGGCUGCUGACGCUCCUCUGCCAAAGCGGUGUCGUCGAGUCGUUGAUCACAUUGCGACUGGAAAGACAGUGCAGAUCACAGAGCAUCUGAAGGCUCGAUGUAAUAUAUAUAUGAAUGUUGUUGUCAUUUUGCAGAGUGUUUUGUUUUUGAAGCCUCUGGAACUACAAGCCAUCAAGAGAAGAGGAAAGGACAAUUGCGUUUUCCAGCUUGCUUAUACUUUAUGUUGUAUGUGUAAAGGCGUCUGGUUUCACACGCCUUUAUUUAAAUUAUUACGGUUCCUAAUAUAUAUAAUUUACAAUUUGUCCGAUGUACAGUGGAUCUGUGACAUGUUUAUUUCUACGUUUGGAUAUGCCACAGGUUUUGUCAGUCACCCUUCAAUCCACGUCAUGAGAUUUUGAUGUCAGGCGUUAGUAAUCGAUGGUCAGAAACGUCUCCUGCUCCUUCACCGUCGCUCUCCGCUCGUCUUGGUCGCUGCUGCUGAAUCAAAGACAGGUUGUUUUUGUUGUCCCGUGCAUUCCAUUCAUGUAAAGACCAUAAAAGCAUUGCCUAUGUGUGUACGUUAAAACGGUUUAUUCAGUCACGCUGUAAGUGGUCGUUUUUAUCUCUCCUGUAUCGUUAUGGUAAUACAACUUGAUGAUCUA